GAUCACAACAUAUUGUUGUGCAAUAAAACCGUGAAUCAAAGUGGUACUGAGAUCAAAAAUAAGAAGAUUUUCAAACCCAAACAGCAACAACUGUUAACAGUUGAUCAAAGCUGUAGUAGAAAUAACCAAGAGGAAGAAGCUAAUAACUAUCAAGGAGAUAGCUCUGAUGAUUCGGGACCAAUAAUGUUAAACAACGUAGACCAAGUUCACGAAACAGAAAAGAUAAUCUUGAAAACAGCUGAAAUAAAAGCGUAUAACCAUAAAAGAAAUCGCUUCGAGAAUAUAAACGUUAUCAUAGAUGAAGGAUCUAUGAGAUCCCUAAUAACGGAAGACUAUGCCAAAAAGCUAGGUCUACCGAUAAAGGGAGCGACAACAAAAACCUUUUAUGGUAUAGGAGGUAUGAAAGAUACACAUCCGGUAAAGGAGGUAUCAAUCGUUUUAAAAUCAAAGAAGGGAAAGGUAGAACUUCUCUUAAAUACAAAACCUUGUAUAACAGUUGCAGUAUCGGCUCCUAUUCUCAAAAACGGAGAUAGACGAUACAUCAAAGCCAACAAUAUACAGCUAGCUAACACUAAAAUGAAUGGAGAACAAUUCCAACCACAUUUGUUGAUUGGAAUGGAUUGCUAUAAAGAAAUCGCAGACAUAGAUACCAACGAAAGGGUUCUGCCGUCUGGAUUGUUAGUAAGGAAUACCCUUUUUGGAGGAGUAGUAUACGGAGUUAUUCCGAACGAAGUAAAAACAAAGAAUGUCUCACUGUUCGUCUUCUAUAAUGAUGAAAGUAGGGAACUAACUCCAGCUGAGAUAGCCAACAAGCUUUUCAGCAUAGAUAACUUGGGCAUAGAUUUCCAAGAAGAGGAGAAAGCUGAAAUAACCAUGCAGUACUAUGAAGAGUACUCAUUGGGCAUUGUAAUAAAAAACAAAAGAAUAACAGCACCGUUUCCGGUAACAGAUAAAAUCAGCUUAUUACAAGAUAAUAAAAAAGUUGCCAUGAAGCGCAUCCACUGCCUAAGAAUGCAGUUAGAGAAGAACCCAGACCAGAAUAGAUGGUACAAUCAAAUUAUGGGGGAUUACAUAAAAAACGGCAUAGUAGAAAAGGUACCAAACACCGAUAACGCC